GCAUCUCUGCGUUCCUGCACUGCUCCCAUUGUCUUCCCAACCCAAUUCUCGACGAAUCGAGGGCGCGAGCCCAACGCCGUCUGGAGCAGAUAAUAACCCGAGUCGCGGCUCGUCCGGGCGAGCUUGCGGUUCGUGGCCCAAGCUGCAUGCCAGCUUCUUGACCCUCCAAAAACGCGCUGCUCGCAGUCCUGCCAACACGUAAACAAGUAAACAACGGUCUCCUGAUCCCGCCAUCGCCUCGCGUUUUUGCCACCCACCACCCUCAAAGUCGCGCUGUGCUCAAUUGCCAAUGCGACUGAGUAUGAUGCCGACGACAAAGAAGAAGUUGGGGGGCAUCGGUCUGUUUGUGCGCCAAGCAGAUGGGAGUUUGAAUGGUCCUGGGAGCAGUCCACGGGCAGGCGUGGUGGGCCUGCCUGCUACACCUGCGCCUGCCAAUAAUGCUUUGCAAGGGUCGGGCCACGGUGGGCAACUGCCACAGCUGCAACCCCCGCCAGAAAUUGUCACGGCCCGCCAAAACACACAACUUCCAGACACUCCAUCAACAGCCAAGUCAAUACCAGUGCCAAAGCUUGGACGGUACCCGGCUCCUCCCCAGCCAACCGGGACAAUGAGCCUCCCUGCACAACACUUCCACCCGAUGCAGCGCACCAGGACAUCGGCCUCAGACACGGCGCGUGACCCGCCCCGCGGCCACACCGCCUGGGAAGAUUCGACUGUUGCUUCCCUGUUUGGUGAGAACGAGAGUAGGGCUGCCUCGGAAAGGCAUCGUGCACAUCAGGGGAGCCAUGUCCGCCAUUACAGUGAUGCCGUACAUCAGAGGACAACCCAAUCCCAGCCCCCCCGGACCCAGCUCAAACACGAAGAGAAUCUCCCGUUUGUUAUUGGCGAGAAUGGCAUGCUCAAGGUCAUUGCGCCGCCGGGUGGUCAGAAUGCACCCGACCCGGCUCCCCUGCAGCCCAAUGGCAAUGGAGGCGUCUUCGACGACCAAAGCAUCAAGACGGACGAUGUAUAUCAGGAGACCCGCCAGCCCUACGAGACACCCACCAAGGCCGGUGGGCUCAGGCGCACUAAGCUCGCCUACCGAGACACGCGCGACGCGAAGAGUAGCACACCUUCUGACCGGCCUACAGCCAACUAUUCGCCAGACGCCCAGAGCCUGGGCAUGUCGCCGGAAAGGACAGUCGAGGCGGGCGAACACAUUGACAAGAUUCGACUGCAGGAACGGAUCAAGCGGGACCACGAGCGCCAGCGGGAACGGGAGCGCGAGCGGGAGAGAGAGCGGCAGCGCGAGCUGGAGCGUGAGCUCCAGCACAAGCGGUCCACUGUGUUUGAGAACUUGACACCCCUCGAGUUCGAAGAACCCUUCAACGACACACAGGCGGCAGUCAUCGCCCCGAGCAGCGGCGUGGAUCCGGAAGCUCUCAAGGAGGCGCUGCAGCGUACCCCACGAGCCCAUCGCCAGCCGCAGCCGCAGCCGCAGCCACAGCCGCUCCCGCUCCAAAAUAAGCACGUCGACGAGAUCCCGUUGGGACGGACGGGCAGCCGUCGCCUAAAGGAGCCCUCCAGCAAGGAGUUGUCGUCGUCGCGGAAGCGCCGCCAGAGUCUCGACUACAACGACGCAGAGCUUCACGCCAUGAGCUACUCGGAGCUGCGAGCGCAGGAUUUUGACUUUGAUCCGCAGGCGGCGGCGCUGCAGCAGACGACGCUGCCGGCUGGCGGGACCAUCGAAGAGCGGUUGGAGCAUUACAGGACCAAGGGCAGCCUGGCGCAGCACGAGUUCUUUACCCGCCUCUCGAUGGACGAGUGGGACGAGGCCGGCGACUGGUUUUUGGAACAGUUCGGCGGAGUCAUGCAGCGAUUCAAGAAGGCCCGCAAGGCCAAGCGCCAGCUGAUACAGCAGUUCGAGGCUGAGAUCGCAGCAAGGGAGGAGGCGGUCCGUGCAAAGAUUGAGGGCAUAGGCCGCACCCUAGAAGACCUCAAGCAGGAGGGGCAGACCAUGAUGGAGGGCAAGGACAUGGAUUUGGAGUUUUGAGGUUUGUGUCAGACAUUUAUGUAAUCUGUGGGAUGGCAUGGUGUCCUUUCUUCACUAACUAGGGGGUGCUGUAUGCCAAAACAUUCUGAUUUCCCUUGCUAGGUACUUUCCUUGGCGUUCUGGCUCCGGCAUUUUCUUCUUCUCCUUGGGAUUCUAACGAGCUGACGACCAUCCAAGCAACGAUGCAUCAUUUUCUGAUGAACUGACAACUAACGACUUAACGAUUUCAUGACAGGACACACGAGAGGAGCGGGUGGCUUGCAUUACAGAGCACUAGUACUUGGGGUCGCGGAGCUGCAGAACCGCUCCGUCUGCGGGUAACACAGGCCUGCAGACCCGUCUUCAUAUAUAUC